UAUUCAAUAGCCAAACCAACUCAUGGCACAUGCGUUUCCUGUUGUUUUUUCUAUUUGAAGAAAAAAAAAACAUCUAAGAUUUAACCUUAAAAGUAUUUCGUCUCCGGUAUUUUUAUUAUUAUUAAUUAUUUAUUUGUCAUUGAUUAGUCACGACAUAUAACAUGCCACGAUAUCCAUUGCAUCCUUCAUCUGGUACUGGUGUCUAUCGUGAACUUCAAAGAAAAGUAAUACGUUUGGCCAGAUAUGGAUGCGCCAAUCGACCAUUUUACCACAUAGUCGUUAUGCCUACAGUACUGGACCAACUUGAACCACCAAUUGAACAAUUGGGCACUUUUGAUCCAAUGGUAAAUCAACAUAAUGAAAAAUUAGUAGCUUUUAAUUUUGAAAGAAUCCAAUUUUGGCUUGGCCAAGGAAAUGUCGAAAUUUCAAAAGCGGUCGAAGAACUUUUAGGGCUUUCGGGAUUUUUACCUAUUAGUCCUUCUACGUAUAAUAUAUCUUGGAGAAAUAGAAUGAAGGCCGAAAAAGAAGCAGAAGCUAAAAAAAAUGAAAACAAAGAAGACUCUCAAAAAGCUGAACAAUCUAAUUAAGUAAUGAUUUUCUUUACUGUAUAUAGUUUGAAUGUUAUUAAAAAAAUUCCCAUUUACCAUUAACAAUCUCAA